UCCAACGCGCUUGCAACCAAACCGUGAUCUAGAAACACGGAUGAACCCCGGGAUAUAUAAAGCGGAUUAGAACCAAAGUUUGUCAUUCCCUCGACACCAUCCAACGGUGGAAGGUGUAACAGAGGCCGAAAGGUAGAACCGACGGAAACGCGAAGCACCGUCGCGUGAGGCGUCCAUCGUCAGGCUCACCUUCUCAAGGAUAAAACGGGGGAGAAAAAGAAACGGAGGUGCGCGAGGCUUAUUGUUCUUCGCACGGAGGAAAGAGCCCAUCGGCCCCAACAUGUCUAAGAUUGGAUUAGCACUGUUCAUCGUAACGCUCACCCUGGCGCGCUCCGAGCCGCCGGUGAACUCGUACUUGCCACCAGGCGGCGGUGGUCCCGGAGGUGGUAACGGAGGAAGCGGCGGAGGACCGUCGAACAGCUACGGCCCACCUGGUUUCGAUGGCCAGAAUGGUAUCGGAGGAGGCGACAACGGCCGGAACGGUUUAUCGAACAGUUACGGAGUGCCUACCGGUGGAAACGGUUACAACGGUGGUGGUGAUCACGGGAGAUCACCUGGCUCAAACGGCGGGAGAAACGGCAACGCCAGGGGGAACGGUUUCGGUGGUGGUCAACCAUCUAGCUCGUACGGGCCGCCGUCGAAUGGACUCGGUGGAAACGGAGGUCCAGGAGCUGGUAGACCGUCCGGCAGCUACGGAGCACCUGGUGGAGGAAAUGGAUUCGGUGGUGGAAGCAACGGAGCUGGCAAGAAUGGGUUUGGCGGUAGCCCAUCGAGUAGCUACGGCCCGCCAGAAAGUGGGAAUGGUUUCGGUGGCAACGGAGGCGGACCUCUGUCGGGCCUCUAUGGACCUCCUGGAAGAAACGGAGGAAACGGCGGGAACGGUGGCAGCGGUGGACGACCGUCGAGCAGUUACGGAGCACCUGACAGAAACGGAGGUAGACCAUCGAGUAGCUAUGGAGCACCCGACAGAAACGGAGGUAGUCCAUCGAGUAGCUACGGAACACCCGACAGAAACGGAGGUAGUCCAUCGAGUAGCUAUGGAGCACCCGACAGAAACGGAGGCAGACCAUCGAGUCUGUAUGGACCACCGGGCAGAAAUGGAAACAAUGGUGGUGGAAAUGGAGGAUAUAACGGUGGCAAUGGUGGCAAUAGUGGAUAUCCAUCAGGUGGACCGGGUGGUAACGGAGGUGGCUACCCAUCUGGAGGUCCGGGUGGGAAUGGUGGCUACCCAUCUGGAGGUCCGGGUGGCAAUGGCGGAUAUCCUUCUGGAGGUCCUGUUGGGAAUGGCGGAUAUCCUUCUGGAGGUCCUGGUGGGAAUGGCGGAUAUCCUUCUGGUGGUCCUGGUGGUAAUGGCGGAGGCAACGGCGGCUAUCCUUCCGGACCGGGUGGAAACAAUGGCAAUAACGGAGGUUACGGCAGCAAUGGGGAAGACGAAAGUAACGAACCAGCGAAGUACGAGUUCUCUUACGAAGUCAAGGACGAACAAUCUGGAGCUGAUUAUGGCCACACGGAGAGCAGAGAUGGAGAUCGUGCACAGGGAGAGUUUAAUGUACUGCUUCCCGAUGGAAGAAAACAAAUCAUUGAGUACGAGGCCGAUCAAGAUGGAUUCAAACCUCAAAUUAGAUACGAAGGUGAAGCGAAUAAUCAAGGAUACGGUUCUGGCGGACCAGGAGGCAAUGGUGGAGAUAAUGGAUACCCAAGUGGUGGACCCAACGGGGGUGGUGCUGGAGGCAAUGGUUAUCCGUCAGGAAGACCAGGCGGAGGACCUGACUUCAGCGAUGGAGGAUAUCCAUCUGGAAGACCAGGUGGUGACAAUGGGGGUUACAGAAACGGAAACAAUGGUGGCAACGGUAAUGGAGGAUAUCCAUCCGGAAGUGGUGGCGACGCCGCGGCUAACGGAGGAUAUCAGUACUAAAUACUCAUCUAGGUGUAGUAAUAUAUAUCGCGCGUAUUACAGAAAGGGAAUACAUAGGGCAACGUUUAUCAUAACGCAUAGGAUAGUUUCUGUCUGGAACAGUAACAACGCGGC